AUGGCUCAAUCAACUGCAGCCUUCAAGGUCGAGGGCGAGCUUCUAGCCCUUUGGAACACAGCACAGCAGGAGUUUCUCACAUCUAACCUCGCAGGAAAUCGUCUCCUCAAGGAAGAUGCUGAGGAUGUUCCAGAUCCGGCGGAGUGGCUGCAGUCUUUUCAGGACAAGCGAGACAGGAAGGCGAGCAAGAUUUCCAGUACCUGCAGGAAGGUUGGGCGACAUCUAGAGACUAUCCAAGUCUUUGUACGUUUGGUUGGCUUUUCUGUGUCUGUGGCGACUGCAGCCGCCCCUGCCGCUUCACCUGCAUCAUUGGUUGUGAAUGCAUUCGCUUGGCUGUUCGACUCCUGUGUCAAAGUUUCGAAAUCUUUUGACCAAAUCGAGGGGUUUUUCCGACUCAUCGCGAACAGACUGAAGGGUCUUCAGGUCAUCAGUGAGCAUCUGGGGAACAACAACCUUCACAUCCUCCGGGAAUGUAUCGUCCAAAUAUUCAUAUGCUGUCUCAAGAUCUGCAGGAUCGGAUCUGAGCAAGUCGAACAUAGGAUCAAGACAUGGGUUUCACAGUUGAGCGGAGAUGAUAAAAUAGACUCGGAGCUUCAAGAGUUCAACAAGGUCGACGAAGCACUGCGCUACUUCAUUGAGAUAGCAACAUACAAGACCGUCGCCCAAGCGGGAGAGGCUUUGACACAAGUCAUUGCGGGCAUGAAGAAGCUCCUCGACUCGGACGAUCGGUCUCAACGUGACGAAAUGCUUGACUGGCUUUCAGUUCUGGAGGCGCCAAAGAUGCACGAAAAGGUCGUAAGUGAGGUGCCUAAGGUUUCUGUGGGUGGCAACUGGCUUCUCAGAUCUGAGCUUUUUAGAGCUUGGAAAGAGCAGGAUGUCAAUCGCAUUUGGUAUACAGGCGACCCUGGCGCUGGCAAGAGCGUGAUAGCAUCCGUCAUUAUCGAACACCUGAGGUCAUGGGCAAGCAUUCCACCCCAGGAAGGCAAUGUGAUGCUUGGUUAUCUGUACUUGUCCUACACAUCAAAGCCAGACAUCAGGGAACUUCUUGGAAGCAUUUUACGCCAAUUCCAGUCGGACAUCCCAUCCCAUCCUGUCAUCAUGGAGAGGUUCCAUGAGUACCAAAGAGGCGGAAAAUACAGCAACAAAGUUCGGAGGCCCCAUUUAGAGGAUAUAAUAUCCAUGUUGACCGAAAUAUGCAAACACAAAACUGUCUUUGUGAUUGUGGACGCCUUGGAUGAGCUUGAUAUCAGCACUGAUGUCAACAGCCGCUCAACCCUAUUGCGACUGGUUCAGGAAAUUCAGCCGAACGUCAAAGUUCUGGUGACAUCGAGGAUCUUAGAGCAUCUGAAAAUCCUCCAGACCGGGUUCCAAACCGGAAAGAUUGAAGCGCAUGACGAGGAUAUGGACAAAUACAUCGACUUCGCGAUCAAAAACUGCGCCUCUUUGCCGUCUUUUCCAAGCUAUCACCAGGAGAUAAAAUCGCAAGUCAAGCGGAAAUCCGGCAAGAUGUUCAUCAUUGUUCGGCUUCACAUGGCCGCUCUUUCUGAUGUUCAGGUAGAGGCCGAGCUAGAAAGCCUACUGGAAAAGUUGCCAGACAGCAUUGAAGGCGCUUACAAGAUCACAAUGGAACGGAUAAGUGUCCAGCAAGACGCCAAGAAGGACCGGGCUAUGUCUACCCUUGGAUGGGUAACAUAUGCCAGACGGCUACUUUCGAUUCGAGAGCUCCAACACGCUCUAGCUACGGAAGAGUAUCCAGGUCGAAGCGGAGAAAAGUAUCUGCGCAAAGGCAGCGACAUCAUUGCAGGUUGUUGUGGACUUCUUGUGACAGACUUAGACGACAUGGUUCGCUAUGUUCAUAGGUCUGCCCGGGAAUUCUUCGACAAGCAAAUUGGGAACGACACCUUUCUUCCAAACUUCGAUAAACGCAUGGCCAUGGCCUGUGCCAGUCACUUGUCCACAUUGGCGACCCAUCCGCAAUUAGCAGCAUCUAUUCAUCGUCGCAAAAUUGUGAUGAAGAUGAUAGAUGAAGAUUUCCCACUAGCGUGCUAUGCUGGGCAGUUUCUCCAUACACAUCAUCGCAGGAUUCGGGAUCUUCAAAAUGACGAACAUCUUGCCGACACGAUCUAUUCUCUAGUCUCAGAUGAGACCAGCAGAGAAAUCUACAGUCGCCUCCUUCGCAGAUUCAAAGCAUACGUCAGGACCCGCACGUUGCUGGACGAUGACAACAGAAGGGGGAUCUCACGGCAGCCGCUAGCAAGGUCCAUUGGGCCUCUCCAUAUCGCAGCAUUCUUGGGCCAUCCUCAGGUAGUCGAACGACUGAUUGAAGAAGGAGCGGACGUUAACGGGUUGGAUCGAUACAGACAAUCGCCAUUGAUCGUCGCAAUGAAGAGUGGCCGCGAUAGCGCUGCCGGGAUCCUGCUCAGCAAAGGGGCUGAGGUUAACCUUGCCACAAAAAGAGGCCACAUCAUUCUCUUAUACGCGAUGGAGAGAGACUACAACACUGUCAAGCAGAUCAUCGGUGACAUCAAUGGCGAUAUUUCAGAUGAGGAUUUCCUCCAGAUCUUGGGCAUUGUGUCUAUGAUCAUACUGGCUUUGCUGCAAGUCUUGCGGGCAUUGAUGGAGAGGCUGCUCGUCCAGCCUCGUGCCACAUCCACGGUAUCUAGCUCUCUAAUUCAAGAACUCCCGUCGACGCCUGAAUUGGACAGCUCUCUUUGGAAGUACAAAAGGCUACUUCAUGCAGCCUACGGGGGAAAUGAGGAUGAAGUUCUUAAGCUUCUCGAACCCACGGCUUCGGAGCCGGUCAACCUGGAUCUUGUUUCUCCUGAAGCCGAGUCUAACUUCGAAAUUUCCAACAAUUUUAGCGGGCUGUACUACGACUCGGACUAUGACUAUGACUCGGACUCGGACUCGCAAAGCUCAUGGGCAGGUUCAGACAGCAGGGACUCGUCACCUCAUCCAGUCGGAAGUAGCGACGAAGAGAGUUUUAUUGGAGACUCUGAUGAAGAAACCUCCAGCUCCAUCGGCUCAGCUGGAGACAGGAGCAGAAAAAGUUCGGCAGACUCCACUGAGGACGCCGAUGACAUAGAAGUGGAGUAUGAAGAGGCUGUCUCUGAUAACGGUAGCGAGGGUGACAAAGAGGUCGAUGUGGAUCUAGUGAGACAACAGGGCACUGGUGAGGCUGUUGUGGAGCCCGGAUUGGCAGGCGAGGACACGCAAGAUCCUGUGGAUGAGCUCGUCAUCAGCUCGAAGUUUGACGGUUACGACAUGUGUUCGGAGGAUGACUCGUCUGAUGGGACCGUCGAGGACAUCCAAGCUGACGACAGCGACGACACGGACGAUGAGUAUGAAAAGUCAUCACAAGGAGACAGUGGUCUGGCUUGGUCGCAUGAUUCUCGGCCCACUUCCGAAGUUGACACAAUCAAGACUGCUUUUUUGAGGACCGCCUGUUUCCUUGCAGCCGAAAGAGGAAACAAUAGAAUCGUGCAGAUAUUCCUCGGGCGUGGAACAUCUCCUGACCUGAGGAACUUUCAAGGGCAGUCUCUCCUUCAUCGAGCUACUGCUAGAAACAACCAGAGUCUCGUCAAACUUCUACUCGACAACAAUGCCGACGUUGACAAAAGGGACGAAAACGGAAGGACCCCGUUGAUGGCAAAUGCUGGCGAGAAAAAAGAAUCAGUCCUCAAAGUUCUUCUUCGACAUGGCGCCGACGUGGGCCUGAGGCAGCGAGAGGGAUGCCAUGAGAUGUACGAAGCAGCCGUCUUUGGUGCAGUUGAUGUCGUCAAAUUUUACCUAGAUCAUUGGAUCGAUCCUUCUAUCACGAACCAUUUUGGAUGGACACCCCUCCAUGGAGCCGCGGCCAACGGCCAUCUGGAAUGCGUUCGGCUCCUUCUUGAUAAGGGGGCUGACCCAUCACCGGUCUCUGACACUGGCUUAACACCUCUUGAUUUUGUUCUCCGGGGCCAAAAACACUACGACCACAUAUUGACGGGCGGAAGGCAUUAUGAAGCAGAAUUGACCCGAGCAAAGGAACUAAGUGUGGAAGACAAAAGUGAAAACAGAACACAGAUCCAGGAGCUACUGUCCAAGCAUCGAGCAUUGACUUCUACGGAGAUGAGGGAAAAGAUUGGAGAGCGUGCCUUCGAGAAGAAGAUGAACCACCCGGGCUGGCGAGAUUGCGAUACUUGGUGGGACUCGAGGACAAAACCAUAUUUCAGUUACAAUGACUGA